CCUCGUAGCGACGCCUCACCCCUCCUGCCAGCUCUCUUUUCAUCCCGCUUAGCUUCAGCCGUCCUGCAUCAUCUUUUUGCCGUCCUACGUGCUCCUCCUCGGGCGUGGGACAUGAUACAGAGCUGGUGGCGGCGUGCGGUGGUGUGCGGCGGCGGUCCUGGUGACAGUGUGGCGGUUUGAGCGUGGCGCGCUGAGUGUGGUAGAGUUGGCUGGGUGCCACUAGAGGGCUCCACCGCUCUGCUCCUCCACACAUUGUAAACAGUGGAGGAAACAUGGACCCUCCCUCCAGCGGUGUCACGAAUGUCGCUAAUCCGGAUCGUUCCUCGCGGCGGGACAGUGUCGGUAACGGCGCGAUGGCCAACGGCGUAGCGGGGUCCUCCUGCGACUCUGAGGACGCCGAGGAAGUGGAGGGCGGCGGCGGGGGCGGCGGUGUGAGGGCGGGAGUGAGUGUGCUAGCGGGUGUCGGGAGUGUUGGUAGUGUUGGCAGCCUUAACGUCGCAUCAGCUGACCCGGACAACAAGGAGGACUCGUCUGUGGCCUCCGCGGACGACGCUGACCAGGCUAAGGAACUCGAGGAGCUUGCCAAACUGAGAUGCCAGAGCGUGGCGACCGAGGUGGUGGCGGAGAGGUACAAGCGGCGGUGCUCAGACUACCCAGGCUUUGCUUUCGGCUCCUCAAUAUUCAGCUCCAACACCUUGAUGAAGUUCAGCAUCAUAAAAAACGAACUGCACAACAUCAUGAACGUGCAGUUGAAGAGGGCCGAGGGUGAGGUGGCCGCCCUGAACCGCCGCAUCCAGCUCCUCGAGGAGGACUUGGAGAGGUCCGAGGAGCGCCUCAACACCGCCACCACCAAGCUGGCCGAGGCGUCCCAGGCUGCCGACGAGUCCGAGCGUAUGCGUAAGGUGCUUGAGAACCGCUCCCUGUCCGAUGAAGAGCGCAUGGACGCCCUUGAGAACCAGCUGAAGGAGGCCCGAUUCCUGGCUGAGGAGGCCGAUAGAAAAUACGAUGAGGUCGCCCGUAAGCUGGCCAUGGUUGAGGCUGACUUGGAGAGGGCUGAGGAGCGCGCCGAGAGCGGAGAAUCGAAGAUCGUGGAGCUGGAGGAGGAGCUGAGGGUUGUGGGCAACAACCUGAAGUCUCUGGAGGUGUCUGAGGAGAAGGCUGCUCAGAGGGAGGAUAACUUUGAGGAGCAGAUCAAGGAACUGACUCACCGUAUGAGAGAGGCUGAGGCUCGUGCUGAGUUCGCUGAAAGGUCUGUGCAGAAGCUCCAGAAGGAGGUCGACAGGCUUGAAGACGAUCUAGUUGCUGAGAAAGAUAAGAGUAGGAUGCUUCAGGCUGACAUGGAGGCCACCCUACAGGACAUCCAGAAUAUGUAAACAUUGGCCAGGACCUGCUGAAGGAAGCCGGAAGUCUCAGACGAACUUGUCAUUCAGAAGGAGAAGUACAAGUCCAUUACCGACGAACUGGAUCAGACCUUCACCGAAAUGUCUGGCUAUUGAGCUCUCCAUCCUGACGAAUCUACUAAACUGCUACCACCACUACUACCACCACCACUUCUACUACUACUACUACUACUAGUCCAUAACUACUCUGCCCUUCCCUGCCACCACCUCCUCCAUGACUGCUGUCCUCCCCUCCGUCAUUCACUCCCCGACCCCUGAUAGUCGUCACCGGCCAGGAGGAAGCUCCGCGGCCAACCCAGUCUCCCCACCUUAAGCUCCCGGCCUCCGCUGUCUCCUAAACUAAAGCUCACCCUUGGCCCCCACAGUCCACCUGCCCCCACCCAUGCUGCUGGAGCCCCAGUGUUACCACCCCAGUCUUGAGGGGCGCUGGGGCAGGCCGUGGGCCGCCCCAGUGGCUGCAGCAGCAGUGCGGUGGGGCAGCAGGUGGAGGCAGGGCACGACCAACACCGCCGCCUGCCUCUUGUCCCCAGUAAUCCAGUCCAGCAGGCAAGGGGGGCCCGGCUGCCCCCCGCAAUAAUACUGCCAUUGUCGGUCUUCUGUAGCGCUCCCGUAACAACACUCGUCUCCUCGUAACGCCAGUCACAAUUUCUUAGGCUUCACUCGACCCAUUGUGGGCAGUGAUGAUGAUGUAGCAUGUACGGUUUUAUACUGACAACUUUCUUUUUAAAUCACAUCCAACGCUUCUUGUAAAUACGAGAGUGGGUAGGCGCCGAGCCCUCCACUCACACCACCCGCCCUGUGUCACUGUGGGCCCUGCUGGCAGCGGCUGAGGCGCUGCCUGGCGUGUGUGCCCAGGGCGCCGCGCUGGGAGGUGUCCCCGAGCCGCCGCCAGCAGGGAGACACAGGUGACAAUGAAGGCAGCGCUGUGAGUGGAUGCGUGGCAGCGGCGGGUCAGGGUGAGGGUGAGCGUGUUGCCACUAGUGCAGUGCAGCAGCAGCAGCAGCAGCAGCAGCAGUAGUUGUGUUAACCUUUGGGCCGUGCGGCAGACUCACACCUCAGCCCUGCCUCAGUGGCCUUCAGCUUCUGGGAACUAACUCUCUGGCCGUGUUAACUGACGUGUGUUUGUUAAUCUUUACUUUGCAGACGAACUGGUUAACGAAAAGGAGAAGUACAAGUCAAUUACCGACGAGCUGGACCAGACGUUCAGCGAACUGUCUGGCUACUAAACACUGUUGCUCUGCUCUUCCGCCACCUCUCUUCUUAUGCCCAGCUGGCCUGUUACCUUUUUUUUUUUCCACAAAGCUUAUAUAAUUGAGUUUAUAAGACUUCCUUUUACUUUUGUUUUUUGAGUUGCAUUUGACAUCCUGUUAAAUCGACAUCACCAAAUCAUUCGCAACGAUUGGUCAAGUCUGCCAUCCUGAUCAUUUCAAUCCUGAUACACACAAACUUGAUUUUUCAAUUCUUAAAAAUUUGCCUUAAGUUGUUCAUGUGUUGUUUCAUGAGUCAUGAUGCAAACAUGCCAGAGUAUUUAUUAUUGCCACUCUACGUUCGUCGUGAGCGUCUGCACGAUGCUGCGGCGGCGGCGGCGGCGGCAGCCCCGUGCUGUAAACUUCUCACCGUCUGUUACAGAUGAACUUGUUAAUGAGAAAGAGAAAUAUAAGAACAUUGCCGAUGAGAUGGACCAGGCGUUCUCAGAAUUGUCAGGAUUCUAAGUGUGGCAAACAGCUGGUGGGCGCCCACACGGUGCUUGGAUGGGCGUGGGUCACCGCGGGUGUGUGUGCGGGGUAGCCCAGGCCACACUGCCCACACCCGCGGCUCCCCACGUCCCAGCGGACUGACUUGACUGACGGCCCAGACGCGCCCCACCACACCACCACCACCACCGUCACCUUUACAACACAACACCUCCUGGCCACCAUCGUCCGCCUGAGUGGGCCGGGUCCUGGAGCAGCGGCCUCAGCGGGUCCGGCUGCCGGGCCCCUGGCGCUGCGCCGCCGCUGGGCCACCACCACCACCACCGCCGGCGGGGGGCUCCGGGGUCUGGCCCGCGUUUAGAUGUUAUUGUAUGUAAGGGUGCAAAGGUUCACCUCCAGUUGCAAUCAGUCCUUAUGCGUUAUGCAUUUACUAUAUGAAUUAUUAGUAAUAUAUAAGUUAAUAUUAUUCAUCAUUUAAAAAAAAUCUGGAUCUUAUACUUACAGAAUGAUUGUACACUGUUUAACGUGUAAUAAAUUUUGUAAACAAAGAGAGUCAUAUCUAUGUCCCACGUGAAGUGGAGAUGAAAGUGAAGAGCUCUCUCUCUUUUUUCAUGUAUUUAUUGUGGUAAGAAAGCUUAAAACUAAAAACUUAAAAAAAUUAGGUUGUCCACUAGUUGUACUGUGCUGUUCCUGGUCACCGCUUGGCUGCCACACUGAGCCUCGCUCCUCACCAGCGACGCAAUGUACAUCUUGCGUACAAUAAAGUUUGUCCUUCCUCUCCACCACGAUUGUAAUGUCAGUUGUCUGCCAUACUGGGAUCUGACUGAAAUACACUAUACUCGAGUGCA